CUUAUAGCUCCGCUGUUUGGCUCACGGACCCGAUUCCAACAUGGCGGCGCCCAGCUGGAGGAGGGACGGUGGCGGUUGUGGAAGCUUGUGGGCCACGCUGCUUCUGGCGGCCGUGGCGCUGAGGCCAGCAGAAGCGGUGUCCGAGCCCACGACGGUGGCGUUUGACGUGCGGCCCGGUGGCGUUGUGCACACCUUCUCCCAGAACGUGGGCCCUGGGGACAAAUAUACCUGUAUAUUCACCUAUGCUUCUCAAGGAGGGACCAAUGAGAAGUGGCAGAUGAGUCUGGGGACCAGCGAAGACCACCAGCACUUCACUUGCACCAUCUGGAGGCCCCAGGGCAAGUCCUACCUGUACUUCACACAGUUCAAGGCAGAGGUGCGCGGUGGUGAGAUUGAGUACGGCAUGGCUUACUCUAAAGCUGCAUUUGAAAGAGAGAGUGAUGUUCCCCUGAAAAAUGAAGAAUUUGAAGUGAGCAAAACGGCAGUGUCCCACAGGCCCGGGGCGUUCAAGUCCGAGCUGUCCAAGCUGGUGAUCGUGGCCAAGGCGUCCCGCAGUGAGCUGUGACCAGCAGCCCCCCAGAGGGCAGCUCUCCCUCACCUCUACCAAAGGGGCCGUGCACCGUGAGGGCCGGCACGUUACCGCUUUCCUAGAGGAUGCUGAGGGAUUUCUGCCCUGGUGAUACUGCCCUGCCUGGAGGGGCCCACAGGGUGACGGGGCCCUGGGACAGAGUCCAGGGCCAGGAGGUGCUGGGCCUGCUGGGCCCUGCCCCCAACCCCCUCCACCCUCGCUCCUCUGAACUUAAGAAUGUGGGUCCAAGUCCUGCUGCUGGUUGUACCAGGAGAGACAAGGUGGCGGGGGUAGGGUAUGGGUCGCAGCUUUUCUGAAGCUAGUGUCUCCCCUUGGGCACAGGCCAGGCCCCGGACAUUCCAGGAAGAGUGGUCCCGCUGCCCUCUGACCGCAAGCUGACUGUUUUCUCACAGUUUCCCCAGGAGACCAUCCUACAGACUAACUGGGAAGAAAUGAAAUCUUUUGUAUCUAAAGAAAUAAAUUGACAAAGAACCACA